UUCGAUAAUCAACGUUUGAAAACACUUAAAAAUUAUGGCGCGCGUAAUUUUAUUGUUGUCGCCAUAUUUGACGUUGGAGGACGCCAUUGAAGUGCAAAUAUGAACAAAAUCUGAAUUUUUAAGUUUAGAAUAGAAUUUUAUUUAUAAAAAUGCAUCUAACAAUCAAAAUAUUCCUGACAAUACUUAUUUUACAAUCAACCUUCAUGAACACUAUGGGUCAUCCUAGUCGCCGAAGUGAUCCAAAUUGUAACCCAGAACCAGAAGACAAAUGUGUCCAGAAGAUUAUCACAUUCCCAGUUUACUAUCCAGCAUUCUACUAUCCCGCGUUUUAUUUUCCACCAGCAAUAUUAUUCGGUUAAAUACGUUUGAAUUUAGAAUGAUGCAUUUCCUCAGCAUGCUUCUCCUAUCAGCAACAGUACACUGCUACCACCGGGACUAUGGGCCAAUCUUUGGUCCUUUCAAUCCAACAUACAUAGACCUGGUGACAGAAUGCACAGAGACUGACACACACUCCUGCUUAGUGAUUCCUACGAAGAAGAUUUGCAGGGAGAAGCUGGCAGUACCACUAAACCCUUGCCUACCACUUCCCUGGUGGUAUUUCUACUGUCAAUGGGUGGUGACUCUACCACCACCUCCUAAACCUAAGACUAGUACUGUGCACCCUUUUUAUAGGAAGACUUUAGAUGCUGUGUUGGAGUACAAGAAAGGUUUGAAGAAUAGGAAUAAUUUCUAUGAAUAAACAUUUUAUAAUAUAUAAUAUUCAUUUAUUUUUCUCAUUAUCAUUUA